GAUGACUUUAGCGAUGCCUAGUCUAACUCUGCUAUGAGCUGUUGUCCUUUUUUUUCAAAAAGGAAAAGGAUAAGUACCAAAUGGCGGCCGAUUCCGUUCCCUCUACGUCACUAUACUAGAAGUCUUGCGUAUUUGCCAGGCUACCUUACGUAUUCACAGAACUGUUGUAAGCGAGAAUCGCAACUGACUGUACAAAAAGAGUUUGGUUCAAGUUCUUGCAACUCGGGGAGCGGUUACAGCAGAUGUCAGAGAUUAUCGACAUGCGGGGAGUGUACGGAGCAACAACUUUCCGAUGUUUGAGUAGUUUGCUUGUUUCAGGCCUAGCGUCACAAAUUCUGUAAUGAAUCAAGACGUAGAGGAGGCUGCAGGUCACACUAAGACACUCAUACCAGAUUCUGCACUACACAGCUGUGUGACCAUGAAGAAUGACCAGGACAUGGAUGAUCCUGGAAACAUGAGCAGCACAUCAACACAGACCAAUGCAGGUGCUUCAUGUGAACAUGAGGUAUUUCUUUCUAGACCACAGACAAACAGACCUCCAUCUCCAGUGCCCACCUGUGUGUCUAUGAAGAGUGACAACUCCAUGCGUAAUCAUCCUGAUAUGAGCAGUGGGUCAGCUCCAUCAGCUCUAAAACCACAGAGAAAACGGCCUCCAUCUCCAGUGCCCAGCUGUGUGUCUAUGAAGAGUGACACUUCCAUGCGUAAUCGUCCUGAUAUGAGCAGUGGGUCAGCCCUAUCAGCUCUAAAUGAGUUGAGGUCUGAUCUGACCCAGGAUCAGUCCAGGUGUGGACUGUGUGAGCAGGUACUGAGGGACCCAGUCAUCACCACCUGUGGACACAGUUUCUGCAGGCAGUGCAUCAGCAGCUACUGGGAGCAGCCUGGACUACCAGGAGGCCAAUCCUGUCCCCAGUGUGGAAAGACACGAAGAACUCAACAUCCUCUACAGCCUCGUCUGGAUGAACACACAGACAUGGUAGAAAUUACCAAACUAGGUAAUGAAGUCCUGAGGAGAGUUAUAGAUAAGCAUAAAGCCAAUCUGAAGAGGAGGUUUGAGAACAUAUCUGAAGGCAUCAUCAAACCAGGAGCUGAGACACCCCUCAAUAAGAUCUACACAGAGCUCUACAUCACAGAGGGAGAGAGUGAAGGGGUGAAUAAGGAACAUGAGGUUUGGCAAGUAGAGUCAGCAUCCAGAACACAAACCACAGAAGACACACCAAUCCACUGCAAUGACAUCUUCAAGCCCUUACCUGGGCAGGAGAAGCACAUCAGGACUGUGAUGACCAAAGGUGUUGCUGGCAUUGGAAAAACAGUCUCAGUGCAGAAGUUCAUUCUUGAUUGGACAGAUGGUGAAGGCAUUCAGGAUGUAGACUUUAUGUUUCCCCUUCCUUUCCGUGAGCUGAAUUUGGUCAGGAGUGAUCAGUAUAGUCUUCACAAGCUUCUGCUUGACUUCCAUCCUGAACUGAAGGAGCUGAAGAAUGAUGAAGAAUACAACAACUGUCAGAUUUUGUUCAUCUUUGAUGGUUUGGAUGAGAGUCGAUUACCUCUGAAUUUCCAACAGAGCAUGAUAUCUGAUUUCAAACAAAUAUCUUCAGUGGAUGUUCUGAUGACAAGCCUCAUUCAGGGAACUCUGCUUCCCUCUGCACACAUCUGGAUAACCUCACGACCAGCAGCAGUCAGUCAAAUUCCUGCUCAGCGCAUCGAUCAGAUCACAGAAGUACGAGGGUUCAAUGACCCACAGAAGGAAGAGUACUUCAGGAAGAGAAUCAGUGAUGAGAGUCAGGCCAGCAGAAUCAUCUCACACAUUAAGGCAUCCAGGAGUCUCUACAUCAUGUGCCACAUUCCAGUCUUCUGUUGGAUUGCAGCCACUGUACUUCAGCAGAUGCUGGAACAGGACAACACCCAGGAAAUCCCAAGAACACUCACUGAAAUGUUCAUACACUUUCUACUCAUUCAGAUCACCAGAAAGAAUCAGAAGUAUCAAAGUGGAAAACAGACAAAGAAAGAGCAGCUUCCGGAAUCACAGGAAGAAAUUAUACUGAAGCUGUCAAAACUGUCUUUCAAGAAUCUAGAGAAUGGCAAUGUCAUGUUUUACGAAGAAGACCUGAGAGAGUGUGGCAUUGAUGCCAUUGAAGCCUCAGUGUACUCUGGCAUGUGCACUGAAAUCUUCAAGGAAGAGUCUGUGUUUCACCAGAGGAAGGUCUACUGCUUUGUGCAUCUGAGCAUCCAGGAGUUUCUGGCAGCACUUCAUAUCUUUGUCUCCUACAGCAAUCAGAUGGAGACCAUGGGGACAUUUUUCUGCUUGGAAGAGUCGCUAAAGUUGGCAGUAACCAAAGUUUUGGAAAGCAGGAAUGGACACCUGGAUCUUUUCCUUCGCUUCCUUAUGGGUAUCUGUAUGGAGAGCAAUCAGAGACUUUUGGGAGGUCUACUGAACCACACACACAACAGAUCAGAGAGCGUUAAGAAAAUGUGUCAGUACAUUAAGGAGCUCAAUAAAGAGGAUCUUUCCCCUGAAAGAUGCAUCAGUCUUUUGCAGUGCUUAUCUGAAGUGAAUGAUCAUUCCAUGCAUGAAGAAAUUCAAGAGUACCUGAAAUCACCAAAGGGCUUCAGACAGAAAUUAUCUGCUGCUCACUGUUCAGCACUGGCCCACAUGCUUCUGAUGUCUGAGGAGGUGCUGGAUGAGUUUGACCUGAAGAAAUACAACACAUCAGAUGAGGGACGCAGGAGAUUGCUUCCUGCUGUAAGAUGCUACAGAAAGGCACAACUUGAUGGGUGUAAACUUAACCAGAUGUCAUGUGAAACAGUGAAGAGAUCUCUGCAGUUCGCUAUCUCAUUGAUACAGCUGGAUCUGAGUUGCAAUGCCCUAGGAGAUUCUGGAGUUCAGAUACUUUCUGCAGGACUAACUAGUCCCCACUGUAAACUGCAAACCUUGAGACUUGGUGACUGUAAACUCAGUGGUGAAUCCUGCGAGAUUGUGGCCUGUGUUCUGCAGUCAGUAAACUCCCUAGCAGAGCUGGACAUGGGUCACAAUGAUCUAGGAGAUUCUGGAGUCCGGCUUCUGUGUAAGGGACUGGUCAGUCCUUACUGUGAACUGCAGAUAUUAAGGCUGUCUGGUUCUCUCAUCUCAGAGGAAGGCUGUGGAUUUCUGGCUUCGGCUCUGACUUCAAACCCCUCCCACCUAAAAGAGCUGGAUCUGAGCUACAAUCAUCCUGGAGAAUCAGGACUGAGGCUGUUAUCUGCUAGACUGGAGGAUCCUCACUCUAAACUGGAGACACUUAAUGCGGACCACUGUGCAGAAAUCAGACUCCGACCAGGUGCACGGAAAUAUCCUUGUGAGCUCACACUGGACCCAAACACAGCAUAUAGACUGCUCUCUCUCUCUGAGGGGAACAGAAAGGUCACAUGUGUGAAUGAAGACCAGCGGUAUCCUGACCACCCAGAGAGAUUUGACAGGUGGUAUCAGGUGUUGUCUAGAGAGGGUCUGUCUGGACGCUGUUACUGGGAGGCUGAGUGGAGUGGGGGUGCGGCUCAUAUAGCUGUGGUGUAUAAAAGCAUCCAGAGGAAAGGGAGUGGUGAUGACUGUCGUCUUGGAUAUAAUGACAAGUCCUGGAGUCUGUACUGCUCUCCUGGCAGUUACUCUGCCGGGCACAAUAAUGAACACACUGACAUACCUGCCCCCUCCUCCCGCUCCAGCACAGUAGGAGUGUACCUGGACUGGCCGGCCGGCACUCUGUCCUUCUACAGCGUCUCCUCUGACACACUCACCCACCUGCACACGUUCCACUCCACAUUCACUGAGCCCCUCUAUCCUGGGUUUAGGAGUUAUUCUGACUCCUCAGUGUCCCUGUGCCAGAUCACAUGACCUCCCCAUGCUGCAGGAACACAGGAAUCACCCACUCCUAUUCAUACACAUGUGUGAUGCUAUGUAAAUAGUGAUAUGCGUAUUCUGUUUAUACACCACUGCUUUGAUGAUACUAUGCAAAUGAUGAUAUUACAUUUUUGUAUGUUUUGUUUAUUUCCUGAAUUGAAUAUGUGGGUUAGAAGAAUUGUUCAGCAACAGUAUGAUGUGUUUUGCUCUCCUUAAGGUUUAGUUAUUUGCUGCAUUUGUUUGAAAACCCCUUUUGAAAAUG